GCCAUCAGGUCAAGGCUUUAAAGGUCGUUCUGAAGGUCAAGGGCGAGGGUCAUAUUGGUAUAAAUCUACUAAGAAUGACCUCACUUUGUUGUAUAGAAAGUCUCAUUAGUAAGGAAGCUUAUAUGAAUUUUCUGAGUCAAGACCCAUCUCGACAUCGAUCAAGACCUCCAGCAUGCCCAGGCCCAGGCAGACGACACGAGGAUCCUUCAACAUGUACAAGCCCACAGUGACGCUGCCCUGCUACAAGCUGACCCUGACCGAGUGAUAGCUUGGGCAGAGGAGAACAACAUGCUGCUAAACAGUGACAAAUUUGAGGCGCUUAGAUAUGGUCCACUACAGGAGCUGAAGACCACAACAAGUUACAUCUGCAACCAGCAAACCAUCAAAAUCAAACACCACGUCAAGGAUCUUGGAGUGUAUGUGAGUGAUGACGCCACCUUCACAUUGCACUACGACAAGAUCACAGCAACAGCCCCAAGACUCACUGGUUGGAUACUCCGUACCUUCAGAAGCAGAAAACAGGACUGUUUGCUGACACUGUGGAAAUCCUUGGUGUUCCCUAGGCUGGAGUACUGCUGCCAGCUGUGGUCCCCACACAGAGUGGGAGAUAUAUCAAGGAUAGAGGCAGUGCAGAGAACAUUUACCAGCCGUAUUGAGGGUAUGGAGCAACUCAACUACUGGGAAAGGCUACAGCACCUGCAUCUCUACUCACUACAGCGGCGCCGAGACAGGUACACCAUCAUGUACGUGUGGAAAACACUUGAGAAGCUGGUACCAAAUGCCGGCCUCCAGGAGCACCACCACCCAAGGCGCAGCAGGCUGUGCCACAUCAAGAGGACUGAAGGUGUGUCCUCACGAGCGAAAACCAUCGUGCACAACAGCUUCACCCACACUGGAGCACGCCUGUUCAGUGCAGUGCCUCCCAGCAUAAGGAACCUGACUGCAGUAGCACCCGACACCUUUAAGUACCACCUGGAAAAGUGUCUGUCAACAGCACCUGACCAGCCACCAAUGCCAGGUUAUCCCAGUGGCAACGGAAAUAGUCUCCAAGGCACAAGAGGAGAGGAGCCAGUAGGAAGCAGCGGAGGUCCACCUCAGCUGUGUCCGUAGUCGACGAGAUUCAACAAAGUAAACAAAGCAUUAUGUCCAUUGGUAUUGGCGCUGGUUACUACAGUCCAGAUGAACACAUUCUCCUGAAAGCUGCAUAUCUUGUUGGCUGCCUCAUCCUUGGACUCACAUUCCUGGAUGACUGGGAGGACUGUGUGUUCGACAAGGCUGCGGGCACGGUGAGGUUGACGCGUAGCAACUGGUGCCAGCGUCUUGUGGGGUCAUGGUUCAGCCGCAACAGUUUGGCGCUGGACAUAUCCUCGGUCAUGGCUGUCAGGGUCCUUCCCACACAAACCAGGUCGAGUAAAAACUACCAGGUGGUGUUGGUGCUGAAGGCGGGAGGGACCGUGGCUGUGGCGGAGACCUGUGAGGGGGCCAGGGGUGAGCAAGAGGCACUGGCGAGCAAGAUCCAGAGUUUCCUUUCCCUCGAUCGCGUGGAAGCCGUGCAGAACCGAUUUGGGGAACUAUCGGAUAGCGAUGAUGAUGAGUUUGUGAUGUUUCAGCCGCCCGUGGAGGUUGAAUGCCUAAAAGGACGAGGGGAAUUUAACUUUGAAGACAUCAGGUUUGAGAACGAGAAUGUGAAUGCCUUUGAUGUGGACGAGGAUGACAGCGACAGCAACACCACGGAGACGAGUGAGGCACUGCUGGAUGACCCGUAGUGGCGGAUGAGUGCUUGGAACAAGUUGUGGUAUAAAAUAAAUCUUGCUGACAGACCCUAAUCCUGUUCAGCCGUACAACUUUCCACUUACCGAACGAGAAGCUGUGAUGAAAACUACUUGAUAAAUUUUAGUUGUUAUUUUUCACUUAUCAGAGCUGCCAUAUAUUAACAUAGGGUUUUAAUGGAAAUUAAAUGUGUAUUGCUUAGCACAGAAAAUAGCCUGUUAGGUUUUAAAAUGGGAAAUUAUUUUGAAAUGAAUUAUUUAUUUUUUUGGUCACGUAUUUCAGUAGUACGAAUGUGCCUCAAUGCUUUUGUGCUGGAUUAACUUACUAUUAGAUAUAAGAAGAUAAAAAUAUUAAUAUUAUAUUUGUAUGAAUUUUUAAUAAACUAGUCAGACUUAA